AUGGGUAUCACAUCGUCAACGGAACAGAAAACAAAUGCUGAACCACAGCAACAGCAACAAAGAGGUAGAUCAUCGAGUACAUCCAAUACAACUUCACCAACAACUACUUCACAGAGUGUAAAUAUCAAUAAACAACAACAGCAGCAUCAACAAUCACAAAACUAUAAACAUUCGCAGUCCUAUACACCGGUGUCUACAGUUUCGUCUGCGUCAUCGUCCAACUCACAGGCAUACAAACAACAACAGCAACAGCAACAACAACAACAACGACCACAAUCUUCAUAUCAAUCGCAAUCACCAUAUCAACACUCACAGUCAUACAACAGCGGCAGCAACAGACAAUCACCACUCGAUCUCUCACCACAACAACAAUCACAAUCGUCAUCUUCCAAACAACACUAUGGUCAAUCCGUACCUAAUCACACCGGUCGAUACAUACCAGGAAGUACACCUGCAACCUCUGAAUUCAAUGUAUUAAUGUCACCACCAUCUUCCCCGCUUUCAGGAUCAUUGGGUAUACCUAAUGCACAAGAAGCAGUACCGACUGUGUUUACAUGGGCAGGCGGUGGUAGAGAAGUGUUCAUUGCAGGUUCAUUCAAUAAUUGGAAAGAAAAGAUACCACUGUCACACAGCGAGAAGGACUUUACAUUAAUAUAUAAUCUACCACCUGGUGUACAUCAAUAUAAAUUCAUUGUCGACGGUAAAUGGGUACAUUCUUCCGACCAACCGGUUGCCGCCGACACCAAAGGAAAUCUCAUUAACUUUGUAGAGGUUAAAUCAAAAGAUAUAUCAAGUGAUUUAAGUAAUUUUAAAAUAUCAUCAACACCACCCGGUUCUUAUAGUAAAACAAUACCUACAGAAGAUUUUCAAAAGUUUCCUCCACCUUCACUGCCACCACAUCUGCGAAGAGCUCUGCUCAAUACACAACCAUCGACUGAGGAUCCAACACUGCUGCCACUUCCUCAUCAUGUAAUGCUGAAUCAUCUUUAUUCAUUGCCUCGAAAGGAUAAGGUAACGAUUCUGGGUGUCACCAAUCGUUAUAAAACUAAAUUUGUUACAACAGUGCUCUAUAAGCCAGUGCAUGAAUCUUCAAACGAUAAAGAGGAACCCGACGAUCUUAAUUGA